AUGUUCCUUUUCUCUUUAACUUUUACUAGUUUGACAUCAUCCAUACACAAUGAUGUUAAAUCCCCAUUAGAGAUAUAUAGAAACUCAUUGAAUAAUGAGAGCACAUCUGUAUUUUCUAUUGAAUACGGUCCACAGAUCGAGGAAGAAAAUGUAACACAAGGUGGACAAGUUAGCAUUAAAACAACAUAUAAGCUUUCGGUUGAAACCCCAAAAUACAAAAUUCGAGUUACCUUAGGCGAUAAAAGUGUAGAAAAAGAACUAAAAAAAACAGAAACUGAAAAGAACAUAACCAUAAAGAUCACAAUUCCAGACAAUACUUCUGUUGGAAACUUUACUUUCAAUGUCUCUGUUGUAAUUGCAAACACACCAGAAGAAGUAACAAAUCAUUCUGUAUAUGUUAAUGUUAUUGAAAAGAUAACAGAAAAUCCGGUAAUAGGGCCCACCAAAACACCAAACUCCAAUAAAAAUCUCUAUUAUAUAAUUGGUGGAGCGGUUGGAGGAGCUAUCCUAUUAAUUAUAUUAGUUAUAGUCGUCAUUUGUUGUAUUGUCAAAAAGAAAAAAGAUUCCGAUUCAAGUGAAGGAAAACAAGAAUAUGCGAGUAAUUCGGAUAAUAAUAAAGGUAAAACUACAAGCAAUGGUAAAACUACAAAUGAAGAUAAUUAUAGAAAUAAUAAUUCUAGAAAUAGUAAAGAUCAUGAUGAUACAAUAGAAAUGAACGAAGAAAUCGUUAAAAAUGCCAACUCAAAUGAUGAUGGUCCUAUAUUACCUAAUAAUCUUUUCAUUGUAAAAUGUGAAGAUAAGGAAAUACAUUCAGAUGAAGAAAUCAUAAUUUAA